AUGUAUAUCAAUACCUCGUUUCUCGACCAUACCAACGCAUUGCGUGGAUACGGUUGGACUUACGGCGGCCGGGGGGGAAGGCGCGGGACGGGCCGCAGGGGCGGCAGGGGGUCCCGGGGGGGCAGCGGCGGAUCGGGAGAGGACCGCCGCGGCGCUCGCGACGCCCACGGCGCGCAGGGCCACGCAGUUCUCCACGGCGUGGUCCCCCUUGCAGAACCAGCAGGGGGCCUAUACGCGGUUAGCCAUCCAUACGAGAUGAACAACGGGUUUCCAAUCAUGUCUUGUCUGCUCCUGGAUCUGAUGACAGGGCUCGUGACAAGAUGA